UCUCCUCGCCCCGUUGUAUUUCUGAAGUGUGAAGCCGUGGGGAAAGCUGGUGUUGAGCAGGGGGACGCCAGCCAAAAUGCAGCUCCUUAUCAGAUGUAACGGGAGGCUUUUCCUGGCUGUUUGUUUAAUCCUCUUUGUGGGAUACACAGCACAAGGUGCUCCCAUGCAGAAGGCAAGGUACAAGAGAGUGAGGUGCCGACCCGACGCCUGGUCUGCUAACUGCAUCGAAGAGAAGGGGCCCUGGUUUUACAUGCCCACUGGUGGAGCCAACAGGAUCCUCCCUCCCAUGGCAGACCCGUCCCUGAUGAAGAGAUACCAGGAGCUGGGCGACAUCUUCCCGCUCUCAGAUGAGGAGUCCGGCUCCGGGUCUGAUGUUGUGGUGGAAGCGGAGCCAGCCUCUGGGUCGGGGCUCGGUGACGGCGAUGGCCUCUUCCUCACGAGCCCACGGGACGGGGAGCUGAAGCAGAAGCUGUCGGAGGAGGAUUUGCUCCUGUAGGCCUGGAGACAUCGGCCUCCUCGCCAUGGCAGCGGCCUUCCCUCGCCCCUUCUGCAGUGCCUGGCCUGAUGCUGCGGCCACAAAGCAGUUUUAAACCAACUGCUGGUCAAUAAAAACUUUGCCUUAAGGUCUUUAUUGCUUUCACUCA